CACACUCAUACUUGGACAUUAUUCCUCCCACGUUACUUAUUCAAGGCCAAAUCGCUAAUUGACUCUACUCACAAGAUCCUCGGACCCCAACAUCUCUAACAUCUUCCCGUUCCUGGCCCUCAUCUUCACUGAGUGUCUGUGCCUACUCGAACCUACCCUCGGCAUCCUUCACACAAAGAGCCCGAGAUCAAUCACUUGACCACAAAACAAACCCUCGAACCCCACCUCGUUCAUACAAAACCCGCACGGCACUCGACCUCCUCGAUAGCCAUCUUCUCCUCAAUCUGCUUCAAUUUGACAGAUCAUCUAACUCACCCUCGCUCUUCUCUCCAAUUUUCUUUUCAAAACACACAAGCCGCCUACGAUCACUCUUGGGUUGGCACGCCAAAUCACACCGCCUCCCUUUGGCCCGGUCUCUUGUUCUCACUCCUGCCCUACCCAUACCAUCCUCCAUACUCCCACGUGUUCACAAUGGCAGACGCUUUAGCGAGCCAGCUAAACAAAACCUCCCUCACCGACGGUCCAGAUGACUCAAGCUGGAAACAAGGAUUGAAGAUUCCCACCAAAGAUGGAAGACAACAGACAGAGGAUGUCCUCGCAACAAAAGGACUCGAAUUUGAAGAUUUCUAUAUCAAACGUGAACUCAUGAUGGGUAUCUUCGAGGCUGGUUUCGAGAAGCCCUCCCCCAUCCAAGAAGAGACCAUCCCCGUUGCCCUGACUGGUCGAGACAUUCUGGCCAGAGCAAAGAAUGGAACUGGCAAGACCGCCGCCUUUGUCAUUCCCACCCUCGAACGAAUCAACCCCAAGAACCCCAAAACUCAGGCCCUUCUACUCGUCCCCACUCGAGAACUCGCUUUACAAACAUCCCAAGUCUGCAAAACUUUGGGAAAACAUCUCGGUAUCAAUGUCAUGGUCACAACCGGUGGGACAGGGCUUAAAGAUGACAUUUUAAGACUGGGAGAUACUGUACACAUCAUCAUCGCUACCCCAGGCCGCAUUCUUGAUCUGGCCAGCAAGGGCAUUGCAGAUCUUUCUGAAUGUUCCAUCUUCGUCAUGGAUGAAGCCGACAAACUUCUCUCUCCGGAAUUCACCGUCGUUAUUGAGCAAUUACUGUCUUUCCACCCCAAGGAUAGACAAGUCAUGCUCUUCAGUGCCACUUUCCCCAUGAUUGUCAAGCAUUUCAAAGACAAACACAUGCGCAAUCCCUAUGAGAUCAACCUCAUGGACGAAUUGACCCUUCGCGGUAUCACUCAAUACUAUGCCUUUGUUGAGGAGAAGCAAAAGGUUCACUGUCUCAACACUCUCUUCUCCAAGCUUCAGAUCAACCAGUCCAUCAUCUUCUGCAACUCCACCAACCGCGUCGAGCUUCUGGCGAAAAAGAUUACCGAGCUUGGCUAUUCUUGCUUCUACUCCCAUGCCAAGAUGCUGCAGCAGAACCGCAACAAGGUCUUCCACGACUUCCGCGCUGGUGUCUCCCGCAAUCUCGUCUGCUCUGAUCUUCUUACCCGCGGUAUCGAUAUCCAAGCUGUCAAUGUGGUCAUCAAUUUUGAUUUCCCCAAGAAUGCUGAGACUUAUCUCCAUCGUAUCGGUCGUUCUGGUCGUUUCGGCCAUCUUGGUCUCGCCAUCAAUCUCAUCAAUUGGGAUGAUAGAUUCAAUCUUUACAAAAUUGAGCAGGAGCUGGGCACCGAGAUUCAACCCAUCCCACCAUCUAUCGACAAGAGUCUUUACGUGUACGAUAAUCCCGAAAAUAUUCCUCGAUCAAUGCCACCACCAGCCCAAGCGAGACCAUCCUAUAGCAGUACCAACGCAGCCUCCACCUCUCACAACGGUCAAGUACAGAGCCAGGCUCAGGGCCAGAGACGCCCACAAGGCCAGUCUAAUGGAUUCCCCCAACAAUUCAACAACCAGGGUCGUGGCGGUUAUCGCGGGCGAGGCCGUGGUCAAGGCACCCGUGGUGGUGGUCGUGGCGGCCAUCAACCUGCCUUGCCUGUUGGUCAGACGACUCAGUAACCUGUUCGUCUACUUAUCCGAUAUGCGAUUUUCUUUUGUCAUUUUCAUGGCGUUAUUUUCCAUGCUCACGAAGGUCUAUGAUAUGCGACAAUGCGACAGCUCGGAGUUGAAUCAUGGCUAGCUAUGAGAUCUGUACAACAGUGUCGUACAGCUUAGUUAUUUUCUUCUUUGGGUUGGGCAUAAUUUCUGAAUGGACGUUUGACGUGGAGGUGAAAGUGUCCCUUUCGAGCACGGCUUUCACUCUGCGGCGUUUCUUCCUUUUCCAACACGGCGUUCUUUCUUGGGAAGGUACGGACAUGACGUACUUACUGGACCGGACAGACAAACAGGUCAGGCGUACAUGCUUGAAAAGACCGAAUUCGCAUCUCUAGGGGUGUGUAGAGUUGCCCGGCGUUUUCACUUUAGGAAUCCAAGCUGGUUCCAGAAGUCCCUUUUUCCCACCCACCACCAACACUCAGGGUGUUAUCACAAUCUUCCGACACAACCCAAUUCAUCCUCAUUGAGUCAGCUCUCUUCUUCCCGACCUCACUUCUUCAAAGUCGGCGCAAUUUUACUUUACUGGCAGGUGACCAGAAAAGUGAUACCCCUUUCACCUGGCUCAUUAUUUCACAAAACCCAAUACUCAUCGCAUGAACGUGGCAUCAUCGAUUCACUACCAAGUCUCUCCGGAGACUUUAUUAACUAUUCCAAGCGGGAAUCACUCACGAGACGGUGCAGAUUCCGGAGCAUCCAUCAAGAGUGCUAUACUUAACAAUCCCGUGCCAUCAAAGCUUCAGUGUGGACAGAUCGUCACAUCACUGCAAAGGUCCCCGCAGAAGCAAAACACUCAGAAGAAAAAGCCAAAAAAAAACACAGGAGGAAGGCCGAGAGUCAUGACGAGCUCUGGACGUGGCUGACUUCACACACAUAUGCCAUGGUCCAGAAGUCCAGUCUCAUAUUGCAAAUACCUUCAGACAUAGAUGAGUUACCGGGAUCGAGAUCCACAGAGAAGGGAAUACGGCUGGCAAUCUUAUCUAGGCAUCAUAUGAUGGGGUAUAUCAUAUGACAGUCAUGGUUCAUGACUAGACAACGUUCUUUGUAUUGUGGUUCCAACCAAUGGCAGGUUCAGAUAGUUGUCACUUCCUUUGAACCUGGUAGUGGCUGGAUGGAGCCAACCAAAAUAUAAAAGACAUUCUUUCCUCUGA